AUGGCAAUUUCCACUGCUUUUGGAUACUCCUCGUGCCGCCCCUAUUACUUCUUCGUCCGGUCUCCUCUCCGUUCUUGCCUGCAGAAUGUACGUGUGAGCUGCUCUGCAGCUAUUGAGGCGGUUGUUGAUGAGGCCGAUAAUGGGAAGAAUGUAAAGGGAAAUACUGGUGGUGAUGGUGGCAAAGCGAUCCGUUCAAAGAAGUUGAAUUCAUCCAAGCUUGGGAUCACUAAUUCAAUGAUUCCCAGGACUGCCAGGGUGGUUCUCAACAAUCUAAAACGAAAAGGAUUUGAGGUUUAUCUUGUGGGAGGCUGCGUAAGGGAUCUUAUCCUGAAAAGAACACCGAAGGAUUUUGAUAUAAUUACUUCAGCUGAACUUCGAGAGGUGAAGAGAAUAUUUUCAAGAUGUGAAAUAGUUGGAAAGAGGUUUCCUAUCUGCCAUGUCCACAUUGAUGAUAGCAUUGUAGAGGUUUCGAGCUUUAACACCUACGGCAGAAAUAGUGGAAAAUACUUAAAUUUGGCUUCUGAAAAGCAUGUCUUCUGUGAUGAGGCGGACUAUACUCGAUGGAGAAACUGCUUGCAAAGAGACUUUACAAUAAACGGAUUGAUGUUUGACCCUUACGCAAAGUUAAUUUAUGACUAUGUUGGAGCAAUGGAUGACAUAAGGAAAGCUAAGGUGCGAACUAUUGUUCCUGCUGAGAUCUCAUUGACUGAAGAUUGUGCCCGCAUUCUCCGUGCUAUUAGAGUUGCUGCUCGUUUACAGUUUAAAUUUUCUAAGGAGACAGCUCUCUCAAUAAAAAAUCUGGCUUCUUCUGUAUUCAGGCUGGAUAGGGGAAGGCUGCUCAUGGAGAUGAACUACAUGUUGGCGUAUGGUUCUGCAGAAGCGUCACUCAGGUUGUUAUGGAGAUUCGGGCUUUUAGAAAUUAUUUUGCCCAUUCAGGCAGCCUACUUUGUCCACAUUGGUUUUCGAAGAAAUGACAAGAGGUCCAACAUGCUUUUGUCCCUGUUUUUCAACUUGGAUAAAUAUGUGGCACCUGACAGUCCUUGUCAUAGUAGCUUAUGGGUUGCAUUAUUAGGAUUCCAUAGAGCAAUUUUUGAUCAACCAAGUGAUCCUCUAGUGGUCGCCACACUUUGCCUUGCUGUUCACAAUGGAGGUGAUCUGUUGGAGGCAUCAAACAUUGCGAAAAAAAUCUCCCGAGAGCAUGAUAUAAGUUUUAUUGAGUUAUCAGAAUCUCAGGAUCUAGACUCCGAUUCACUCAUUGCUGAGGCUAAGUUUUUGGCAGCUUCAAUUCAAGAUGCACUUUCUAAUAUGACCGAUGAGUAUGCAGUUUCAAGGGCAAUGACCAAAUACCCUAAGGCGCCAUAUUCAGAUCUUGUAUUAAUUUCGUUAGCCCUGUAUUUAAGGGUUUGCAAGAUUUUUGAUUGUGUUAAAGGGGGCAGAGAGAAGGGAUUUGUUCCAAAGCGAGGAUCCAAGAUCAAGCACGAGGAAUUAGCGUUGGGAGCUCUACAUGAAGUUCGUCAUGUUUUCGCUAGAGUUGUUUUCGACACCAUAUUCCCAAUACAUCUGAAAAAUAGGUAG